GCUCAGGACCAACAAGGGAGGACACAGUCCCAUUCUGAUUUGCUUAGGAGGGGUGAGGUUGCAGUAGUGAAGAUGGGAAUGGAGAUCCCAGGCCAAGACGAAGAGCCCAGGCAAUGGUGUGGGAAUGGACAGGCAGCCAAGGGAUGUCUGGGAUCUGCAAAGAAUGCCAGGUGGGGAACAGAAGGAGAGCGAUAUGGAAAGGGCACUCGGGAUCAGAACUCAAAGGAUCCAGACUCCAGGCUGAGAGCAGUCAAAGGAAACGUCCUGGAUUCUGGGAGAGAUGCCUGGUGGGAUUCAUUCCUUUGGAAAAUUGUCUUUAAGAUUCUCCUUUGGGUCUCCAAAUGUGAGAUGCGAGAGGGUUACUGCAGGUCAUUGCUGAAGGGCCCUAGGAGCAGUGGACAUGACCUUUGACCCAAACUAAAAAUGAAGUAUUCAGGAGGCUUUUUCAAGCAGGUUGGGGGUUGGAGGUAGCCCUAAGCGAAUUGGUACAGAUGAGAAGGCAGCAUGAGGUGGUGAAGAAAACGAGGGCUUUCAAGUAUGACAACCACAAAGCUGGUUGUGGGUCUCGGUUAUGUCCUUUACUAUCCAUGUGACCUCAAGCAUGUUUACGUCCUCUUCUAUAAAAGGAGAUCCAUGUUCCAGGGUUGUUGUAAGGUUUAGACGAUAAUGUGUGUAAAGCAGUUAGUGGUGUUUGGAACGUAGUAAGUCCAUAUUGCCCUGGCCACUUUAGUGUUAAUUAUGAUUAUUUAAGGCGGUGUAACCUACCAUAGUUACCUGAAUAUAUGGAAAGAGGGAUUAUAGUGAUCAUUCAUGUGAUGACCAAUAAAUACUUCAGACUUCUACCCAAGACUUAAGUCAGCCCUUGGCUGACUAAUCAUCCCAGUUUGUCCAGGGCUUUUCCCAGUGUUAGCACCAAAAGUCCCGAGUCCUGGGAAACUCCUCAUGGGAAACUCCUCAGUUCUGAGACUCGGUCCUAGCCUAGACUUUCACUUUUGUUGUUACUGUCCUUGCCCAUGGCCAUUCUCCUUUGUCUAGCAGGUCUUCAGUCUUCUCUCUUUAGGGAUUUGAACUAAUGCCUCUCCUAGGUUUGGCCUGUCACUUUUUCCAGGUCAUUUUCCCUGUUAAAAUCAAGAGUGGCCUAGUCCUCAUUCCCAUUCCUGCAGAACUCAUGCCUCAUGAUCCUCCUAUCCCUUUAAAAACCACUCUUUUUAUAGAAAGAAAUGAAAAACAUUUGCUGAAGUGAUUUUUUUUUAAAUUCAGAGCUUUUAUAGUAAAAAGAUGUAGAUCAUUUUUCCAAAUAAGCCUAUCUCAUUUGAAAAGCAAUCAAAUCCCAGCUGCUCAAAACCAAAAUACACUGGAUCCUCAGUAUAGUAGUGUCCACAGCAGUGCCUUUGACUCUGUUUUUGAAAGAAAGAUUCAGGGCAGAGGGAAGGGGGUAGAGGGGAAAGAAAGUGUGUUUUGAGAAGGGUUGAAAGGAAAAGGGUGAAGCCGGAUAGAGUUUGGGUGAAGGCAUUUAUUUGCAAACUGCAUGUACCAGUGCUAGGGAAUACUAUUAUUGAUUGAGGGAAGCCACUGCCAAGCCACUGGCAAAUUUCCCUGUCAGGGAGACUCCUCUGAUGUUUACUUGAGAGCCCAUCGAACAUCUGAUCGUCAAGAGUCUGCAGCCUGCUCUGGCCCCUUUGGAAUAUUCAGAUAUCUGCAGAUAUCAUUUCUCAUUACAGAAAGCCUUGGCCUCUGUGCCUUUGACCCUGGGGCUAUGCAUGUCUGAGCAGAAGGUUCCUUGGGGGAAGAGCCUGUAGGAGAUGCUUGUUCAGUCCUUAAUGACCUACUUGGGGGAGGAGGACAGGAAAGAAGAGUGGGGCUUGUUUCUCAGACGUGGGGAUUUGUAAAAGACAGUGCCCCCUGGGUUUGUGACCUCAAGCUGCCCUCCUUGCCCUGGUCACACUCCCAAACUGCUAAUGGUGAUCACAGAAGUAGAAAGUGACAGAGAAACUGUCCCAACUCCUGUAGGCACUAAGGACCCCAGUCCACACCCUCGACCUGUGAUUUCUUCCCCCAGGGAAGCUGAAGCCCAAGGAGCCUCUAUACCAGAAAACCUAGAAGUCUCAAGUAGAACCACAGAAAACCCAGUUACUAAAAACCAGUGCUGGGAUGGGACCAUGGUUUGACUUUGAGGGUCUGGAGAGUGGUGACGAUGGCGCAUUUGACAAGCUCCGGUCCUGGAGCAGGUCUAUCGAGGACCUGCAGCCACCCAGCGCCCUGUCAGCCCCCUUCACCAACAGCCUCGCUCGCUCUGCGCGCCAGUCUGUGCUCCGGUAUAGCACUCUCCCUGGGCGCAGGGCCCUGAAGAACUCCCGCCUGGUGAGCCAGAAGGAUGACGUCCACGUCUGUAUCCUCUGUCUCAGAGCCAUCAUGAACUAUCAGUACGGAUUCAACCUGGUCAUGUCCCACCCCCAUGCUGUCAAUGAGAUUGCACUCAGUCUCAACAACAAGAAUCCAAGGACCAAAGCCCUUGUCUUGGAGCUCUUGGCAGCCGUGUGUUUGGUGCGGGGAGGUCACGAAAUCAUUCUUGCUGCCUUUGACAAUUUCAAAGAGGUAUGCAAGGAGCUGCACCGCUUUGAGAAGCUGAUGGAGUAUUUCCGGAAUGAGGAUAGCAACAUCGACUUCAUGGUGGCAUGCAUGCAGUUUAUCAACAUCGUGGUGCACUCAGUAGAGGAUAUGAACUUCCGGGUCCACCUGCAGUAUGAGUUUACCAAGCUGGGGCUGGAGGAGUUCCUGCAGAAGUCAAGGCACACAGAGAGUGAGAAGCUGCAGGUGCAGAUCCAGGCAUACCUGGACAAUGUGUUUGAUGUGGGAGGUUUGUUGGAGGAUGCUGAGACCAAGAACGUGGCCCUGGAGAAGGUGGAGGAGCUGGAAGAACAUGUUUCCCAUCUCACGGAGAAGCUUCUGGACCUAGAGAACGAGAACAUGAUGCGUGUGGCAGAGCUAGAAAAGCAGCUGCUGCAGCGGGAAAAGGAACUAGAGAGCAUCAAGGAGACUUACGAGAACACGAGCCACCAAGUACACACCCUGAGGCGGCUCAUUAAAGAGAAGGAGGAGGCCUUCCAGCGCAGAUGCCACUUAGAGCCCGGGGCCCGGGGCCUGGAGUCAGUGGGCAGUGAGGCCCUGGCCCGGGUAGGCCCUGCAGAGCUGAGUGAGGGCAUGCUGCCCUCCGACCUGGACCUCUUGGCUCCAGCCCCACCACCCGAGGAGUCCCUGCCUCUGCCUCCACCGCCAGCUCCUCCCCUGCCCCCUCCACCACCCCCAUUACCAGACAAGUGUCCCCCAGCCCCACCUCUCCCUGGCGCUGCUCCCUCUGUGGUGUUGACAGUAGGCCUAUCAGCCAUUCGUAUCAAGAAACCAAUCAAGACCAAGUUCCGGCUGCCUGUCUUCAACUGGACAGCACUGAAACCCAACCAGAUCAGCGGCACUGUCUUCAGUGAACUUGAUGAUGAGAAGAUCUUGGAGGAUCUGGACCUGGACAAAUUUGAAGAACUGUUCAAGACGAAAGCCCAGGGCCCUGCCCUUGAUCUCAUCUGCUCUAAGAACAAGACAGCGCAAAAGGCCGCCAGCAAGGUGACCCUGUUGGAAGCCAAUCGUGCCAAGAACCUAGCCAUCACCCUACGCAAGGCUGGCCGCUCGGCCGAGGAGAUCUGCAGGGCCAUCCACACGUUUGACCUACAGACCCUACCAGUGGACUUCGUGGAGUGCCUGAUGCGCUUCCUGCCCACAGAGGCUGAGGUGAAGCUUCUGAGGCAAUACGAGCGGGAGCGGCAGCCCCUGGAGGAGCUGGCGGCCGAGGACCGCUUCAUGCUGCUCUUCAGCAAGGUGGAGCGGCUAACCCAGAGGAUGGCUGGCAUGGCCUUCCUGGGCAACUUCCAAGACAACCUGCAGAUGCUCACGCCGCAACUCAAUGCCAUCAUUGCAGCCUCUGCCUCUGUCAAGUCCUCACAGAAGCUGAAGCAGAUGUUGGAGAUCAUACUUGCACUAGGGAACUACAUGAACAGCAGCAAGCGAGGAGCUGUGUACGGCUUCAAGCUCCAGAGCUUAGAUCUGCUGCUGGAUACCAAGUCCACUGACAGGAAGAUGACACUGCUGCAUUUCAUCGCAUUGACCGUGAAGGAGAAGUACCCAGACCUGGCCAACUUCUGGCAUGAGCUACACUUUGUGGAGAAGGCUGCAGCAGUGUCCCUGGAGAACGUGCUGCUAGAUGUGAAGGAGCUGGGCCGUGGCAUGGAGCUGAUUCGGCGGGAGUGCAGCAUACAUGACAACAGUGUCCUUCGGAACUUCCUCAGCACCAACGAAGGCAAACUGGACAAGCUCCAGCGUGAUGCCAAGACGGCUGAGGAGGCCUACAAUGCAGUUGUGCGCUACUUCGGUGAGAGUCCCAAGACCACACCCCCUUCUGUAUUCUUCCCGGUAUUUGUCCGAUUCAUUCGUUCUUACAAGGAAGCAGAACAAGAGAACGAAGCUAGAAAGAAGCAGGAGGAGGUAAUGCGGGAGAAGCAGCUGGCUCAGGAAGCCAAGAAACUGGAUGCCAAGACCCCCUCCCAGCGGAACAAGUGGCAACAGCAGGAGCUAAUUGCAGAGUUGAGGAGGCGCCAGGCCAAGGAGCAUCGGCCUGUUUACGAAGGGAAGGACGGUACCAUUGAAGACAUCAUUACAGUGUUGAAGAGUGUCCCUUUCACGGCCCGUACUGCCAAGCGGGGCUCACGCUUCUUCUGCGAUGCAGCCCACCAUGAUGAGUCAAACUGUUAACCCCCAAGGCUGGGGCCCUUGACAGGCCUCCACCGCCAGCCCAUUGUCGUUCGCCACCAAGCCAGGAGUGCCGCACCACCCAACGGCCCCCCUCGGGCUCCAGGCCCCCACUAAGGCCCUCUUGGUGGCAGAAGCACUUCAACUCCCAGAGUCCUGCAAGUCCAACCCGUGGACCUGGAGCCCUGGAAUUGGCUGAGGGUGCAGCAGAGAGCUAUGCUGCUUUCAACCCAGCGUCUACCCCAGCGCUCAGAGAUGCGCGUGCCUGAUGUCAGGGGCACUGGGCCUGACACUCCCCUGGUGCCUCUAGUACUGCACUUUGCCCCCAGGGUCUUCUUUUCCUAAAAGGUCACCAAUGGUCAGCUCAGGGCUGGGAAAAAUCAUUUCCAGCCUUGGCCUAUACAGGGGCCCCUAGGCCCUCUGUCACUAGGCCAGAGGGACAAAAGGAGAAAGCGACUAUUCCUUCUGUUUUUCCCCUUCCAUUUUGCAGCUCUGUGGUCAGCUGUGGUCUGGAAGUAUCCAGACUUAGGGAGCUCCAGUACCCUUCCAGUCACAGAUCAUAUUUUACCAGGAGCAAGGCCCACCUAAGCCUGGGCCCCACCCAGCUGUGCCCCGGUGAUAAGGGUAGAGGAGAGAUGCCAUGCCACGCUUACUGCCCUUGGCCCUUUCCACUCUAGGCUGACUCUGUUCUUGUCGAGGUGGGCAGAAGGGUAGAGGUUUUUCCAGCCCCAACCCCAGGAUAGCUAGAGAAAGGGUGUGAUAUCAGCAUCCUCACUUCCUUUCCACAGCAAGGGUUUUUUUUGUUUUGUUUUUUGGGGUUUUUUUUGUUUUGUUUUGUUUUUUUGGCAGGGGACAGGGGACAUGGUGGUCUUAGCUAUUUUCUCAGUCUCCUGCCAGUUUCUUCUCAGCCCCUGGAGGGGAAUACAGGGAGCCACUUCUUUUUGUACAUGUACCACCUCCCUUCUCCCAUGUACAUAAAUCCCAGACCUUCUUUCUCAACAAAGGCUUGAAGCACCA